UCCCGGGACUCGCAGGAAGGAGAAGUUCCCCCGGGCCGGACGCGGGGAGAAGGACACGCAGCGCGGAGAAGCAGCCUCUGCAGCGGAACGAGGCGGGCCGUGAAGCCGGGAGGGGUUCCACCGAGCCGUCACCCUGCGGCCGCAGCCCGGAUCGAGCCCGCAGCCCACCGGGGAAUGACUCCUCCACACCCAGGGAUGGUUUACUGCCCGCGGGGACCUUCACGCACGCUGCCGCCGCCGCUCUGAACUGCCCUCCCCGCUCAGCCCCGCGCGCCACGAGAGCCUCCAACUUCACGCGCUUCCUCGUUCCUCGUCGGCGUAAUUAAAGGGAUUUAAGCAUGCCGGACCAGAUCACGGUUUCAGAGUUUGUGGCGGAGACGAAUGAGGACUAUAAAUCCCCCACCGCGUCCAACUUCACCACCAGGAUGUCCCACUGCCGGAACACCGUGUCUGCUCUGGAGGAGGCUCUGGAUGUGGACCGCAGCGUUCUGUACAAGAUGAAGAAGUCGGUGAAGGCCAUCUACACGUCCGGGCUGGCUCACGUGGAGAACGAGGAGCAGUACACUCAGGCUCUGGAGAAGUUCGGAGAGAACUGCGUGUACAGAGACGACCCCGACCUGGGCUCGGCCUUCCUCAAGUUCUCCGUCUUCACCAAGGAGCUCACGGCGCUCUUCAAAAACCUGUUCCAGAACAUGAACAACAUCAUCACCUUCCCUCUGGACAGCCUGCUGAAAGGAGACCUGAAGGGGGUCAAAGGGGAUCUGAAGAAGCCUUUCGAUAAAGCCUGGAAGGACUACGAAACUAAAGUCUGCAAAGGACAUUCUUUACUGAAAGGCACCAAGAUAGAGAAGGAAAAGAAGGAGCACGCCCGGCAGCACGGCAUGAUCCGGACGGAGAUCAGCGGGGCGGCGAUCGCCGAGGAGAUGGAGAAGGAGCGCAGGUUCUUCCAGCUGCAGAUGUGCGAGUAUCUCCUCAAAGUCAACGAGAUCAAGAUCAAGAAGGGGGUGGACCUGCUGCAGAACCUCAUCAAGUACUUCCACGCUCAGUGCAAUUUCUUCCAGGACGGCCUGAAAGCGGUGGACAACCUCAAGCCUUCCAUAGAAAAACUGGCCACAGAUCUACACACGAUAAAGCAGGUGCAGGACGAGGAGAGGAAGCAGCUGACUCAGCUCCGAGACGUCCUCAAGACCGCUCUGCAGGUGGAGCAGAAGGAGUCCAGGAGAGAUUCCCAGGUGCGGCAGAGCGCCACCUACAGCCUGCACCAGCCGCAGGGCAACAAGGAGCACGGCACCGAGCGCAGCGGCUGCCUGUUCAAGAAGAGCGACGGGCUGAGGAAAGUGUGGCAGAAGAGGAAGUGCACAGCGAAGAACGGAUACCUCACCAUCUCACACGGCACGGCGAACAGACCUCCAGCCAAACUCAACCUGCUGACCUGUCAGGUCAAACACAACCCGGAGGAGAAGCGGAGCUUCGACCUCAUCUCUCACGACAGAACGUAUCACUUCCAGGCCGAAGACGACCAGGACUGUCAGAUCUGGAUCUCGGUGCUGCAGAACAGUAAAGAGGAGGCGCUGAACCAGGCCUUCAAAGGAGACUCCCACGUGGGGGAGAACAACAUCGUGCAGGAGCUGACCAAGGCCAUCCUGGGGGAGGUGAAGCGGAUGACGGGGAACGACGUGUGCUGCGACUGCGGCGCUCCCAACCCCACCUGGCUCUCCACCAACCUGGGCAUCCUGACCUGCAUCGAGUGCUCGGGGAUCCACCGGGAGCUGGGCGUGCACUACUCCCGGAUCCAGUCCCUCACCCUGGACGUCCUCAGCACCUCCGAGCUCUUGCUGGCCAAGAAUGUGGGGAAUGCAGGCUUUAAUGAAAUCAUGGAGGCUUGUUUGAAUGCUGAAAAUGUGGUGAAACCCAACCCAGCGAGCGACAUGCAGGCGAGGAAAGACUUCAUCACGGCCAAGUACACCGAGAAACGGUUCGCCCGGAGGAAGUGUCCGGACCCGACGUCCCGCCUCCACACGCUGUGCGACGCGGUGAAGGCCCGGGACAUCUUCUCCCUCAUCCAGGUGUACGCCGAGGGCGUGGACCUGAUGGAGCCCAUCCCGCUGGCCAACGGACACGAGCAAGGGGAGACGGCGCUGCACCUGGCCGUCAGGCUGGUGGACCGGACGUCUCUUCACAUCGUGGACUUCCUGACUCAGAACAGUUUGAACCUGGACAAGCAGACGGCGAAAGGCAGCACGGCGCUGCACUACUGCUGCCUGACCGACAACAGCGAGUGUCUGAAGCUGCUGCUGCGAGGGAAGGCCUCCAUCGACAUCGCGAACGAGGCGGGCGAGACGCCGCUGGACAUCGCCCGGAGGCUGAAGCACCUGCAGUGUGAGGAGCUGCUGAACCAGGCGCUGGCGGGGAAGUUCAACGCCCACGUGCACGUGGAGUACGAGUGGCGGCUGCAGCACGAGGACCUGGACGAGAGCGACGAGGACCUGGACGAGAAGCCGAGCCCCCACCGCAGGGAGGAGCGCCCGGUCAGCUGCUACGCCCCGGGCAGUAACUCCCACCCCGCCGCCCGGGACGGCCUCUCCAAGGACAAGCAGCGGCCCUACAUCCCCAACCUGGUCAACAACGAGACGUACGGCACCAUCCUGAACGCCACGGCGCCGCAGCCCGGCGCCGCCCCCGCCCCGCCGCUGCCCCCCAGGAACCUGGCCCAGCUCUCCGGCCUGGGGGGCGGCGGCCAGCUGGCGGCGUCCAGCGGCUGGAAGCCCGGCGCUCUGGACCUGAUGGGCCGCCAGAGGUCGUCAUCCGACCCCCCCAACAUGCAUCCUCCGGUCCCCCCGUUGAGGCUCACGUCCACCGCAGGUCCGGCUCUUCUCUCCGCGUCCAAGAUGGAGGCUCUGAGUGUCCAGUCCAAGACCGGCCCGGGUCCGCCGGGCUGCCGGGCUGCUGCAGGCAGCGAGCAGAGCUUCAGCAGAGCGGCUGCGAGCCGAGCCGAGGCGGUGGAGAGAGCGGCUAAGGAAGUGCCUGGAUGUCCCCACAACUCGCUGCCUCCGGCCCCCGUGCCCAGGAAGGCGUUCCCGAAGUCGCGGCCCAAGCGAGUCAAAGCCAUCUACCACUGCGUGGCCGACAACCCCGACGAGCUGACCUUCUCCGAGGGGGAGGUGAUCGUGGUGGACGGCGAGGAGGACCAGGAGUGGUGGCUGGGCCACAUCGAGGGCGACCCCAUGAGAAGAGGAGCGUUCCCCGUCACCUUCGUCCACUUCAUCGCCGACUGACCCUCCGUCACGCCGCAGCUUCAUCCUCAUCAUCCUCCUCCACUGAGCCCCACCGUGUCACUGCUGUGCCAUCGGAGAGAGUGUGUGUGUGUGUGUGUGUGUGUGUGUGUGUGUGUGUGUGUGUGUGUGUGUGUGUGUGUGUGUGUGUGUGUGUGUGUGUGUGUGUGUGUGUGUGUGUGUGUGUGUGUGUGUGUGUGUGUGUGUGUUACAGCUCCUGACACUGACUCUAGAAUCUCCCGGUGAUGAUUGUCGUGAACGACUCCUGGCAAUAAAUGCACUUUCCUGGUCUUUGUUCCAGCUCAGACGUCAGACUUCCUGCAGACUGAGGGGUGUGUGUGUGUGUGUGUGUGUGUGUGUCCGGUAUCGAUCAGUGACAGAGAACAGCGAGCCAGCAGACUGUAACUGUGAACGCUGAUCUCCGUGCCGACAUUCCACCGCUGUGCGUGCGCUGGCGUCUGGUUCUCUCUCCCAUGGUGCUACAUGAACCCUGGAAGCGUCGCUGAGCGUCUCGUCCUUCCUGAUGUGUUUGGGGUCCCAGCAGGGGUCUCUGGGGGACCAGUACAGUUUUCUGAAUGCUUCCUAGUUGAACUUUAAUCCUUAACAAGCUGCUCAUAUCUCAGUUUGUAGCUUUAAAGACCGUGAAGAGGACUCCCCGUGCAGGACGUGUCCUCGGGGACGGUGUCCCCGCUGUGUGAAGGAACCUGCUGAACAGCGAACCGGUCUGCAGACUCUCGUCUCCUCUGCUGUCCUUCAGGAAUCAGUCAGAUUUUUUCGGGUCGUUUCAAGAAAAAUUUGAAGUAGCUGAAUGUUUGAUCCCGCCGGCCAGAAUGUGUCCCGGUGGGGCCCCGUUCCGGCCCGCGGGCUGCAUGUUGGACACCCCCCGGGGUCGCCCCGGCAGCAGCUGAAAGCUUCAGGCCGUCUCCGCCUGUCAUCUGCCUUAUUACACAAGUAGCAAGUGUGUGUGUGAGCGAGUGCGUGUGUGUCGUCUGCACAGAAUAAGCUGCGAGUGAAGAGUAUUAAAAUAGACGAGCUGAAGCCAGAGAGCGUGAGAACGCGGCCUGAGCGUUCUGAGCGCUCUGCUCUGCUCUGCUCUGCGGUCGGCGCGACGCUGCGGGAAUCAGCUGUGAGAUCAGAGCGAGGCUGAAUCCGGUCGCCGCUGCAGAGCAACUGGCUUUCUGGUCAUGUUGUUGAUAUUUAGGCCCUGAAGCAGGCAGAAGCAUGUGAACCGUCGCUGCUCCUCAUGUUUAUUAUGAACUCACUGGAAGAUUUAAUCUAUUCCUGUAAAUAAUUCUCUUUUGUUUUUGUGGAUAUUUAAAUGUAAAAAGAAGAGCGGAGGGAGUGAAGCGGGGGGGGUUGGUGUGUCUCAAUGCACUGUGGUGACGAGCAGUUCCACGUGAACUCGGCUGUGUGUGUGUGUGUGAAUGUGAUGAAUGGAUGAACACAGCUGGGAAACGGACUCCGGUCGUCGUCAUUAGCCGUCUGUUGAUCACUACAUCCACUCUUUUAACUCUGUUGUACAAGUAAACGGGAAAAUGAAACUGGAAUAAUAAAACAUGCUGUAAAGAGCCAGCUG